GGGAUAAACACACCAUGAAAGGGACCAUUGUCACUAUAUAAUGCAACUUCGUGCUUACCUACAAGCACACACAAUUCCAUUCAUAACACAAUACAAAAUAUGAAGUUAGGCGCUAUGUUUGGCUUGGCCUUAACAUAUGUCCUUCUGGUAACCUCAUCAAAGUUCCUUAGUGUUGCUGGGGAUGAUGUUGGAAGUGUCAUCAGUGCUUCUCUAUUUGAACAAUUGUUGAAACACCGAAAUGAUCCAGCUUGUGAGGGAAAAGGGUUCUACACAUACAAUGCUUUUGUCACCGCUGCUAGAUCAUUUGGUGGGUUUGGCACCACUGGCGAUUUUAACACUCGUAAGAGAGAGAUUGCAGCUUUCCUCGCCCAAACCUCUCACGAGACCACAGGAGGAGCUGCAAGUUCCCCGGAUGGGCCAUAUGCAUGGGGUUAUUGCUUUGUCACUGAAAGAGAUAAAUCCAACACCUACUGUGAUGCCGGUACACCGUGUCCCCCCGGCAAAUCAUACUAUGGACGAGGACCCAUUCAACUCACCCACAACUACAACUAUGCUCAAGCUGGAAGAGCAAUAGGAGUGGACUUGAUAAACAAUCCAGACUCAGUAGCAAGAGAUGCAGUAAUAUCAUUCAAGACAGCAAUAUGGUUCUGGAUGACACCACAGGGUAAUAAGCCCUCAUGCCACGACGUUAUCACCAAUAGGUGGACACCAUCUGCUGCCGACACAGCAGCUAAUAGACUCCCAGGUUUUGGUGUGAUAACAAACAUCAUCAAUGGUGGGAUUGAAUGUGGUCAUGGUCCUACUGAUGCCUCAGGUAAUAGGAUUGGGUUUUAUAAGAGGUACUGUGAUAUUUUGGGCCUAUCAUAUGGUCCCAACUUGAAUUGCAGAGACCAAAAACCCUUUGGUUAAGUUGUUCUCUUUGCUUUGUAAUGGCCACAGUUAACCAAUAACUAUAAUAAGAAUGUAAUUUUCAAUAAAUUUGCCUAUGUAAUCUCCUGUGUAAGAGAUUUGUAAUAAAAUUGC